CGGCCUUUUAAAGCAAUCCAUAAACAAGACGCGCUAACAUGUUUGAAACAUGUUGAGACUCAGGUUGGCAACCUGCAUGCUACUAAAGUCUUUCAACCAUGGUUCUCUUUUUCUUUUAGUCACGUUUGCUGCUUCAAAAAGUGUUAUUUUAUUGUUAAGCGUUUUCCUAUUUUAGGUUUAAAUAACUUAGUAGUUGACUGCUUCAACGAGAGCGAAACUGCGUAAGAUUUCGACAGAUGAUCAAGGACUACAGCGUAGCACACGCAGAUAAGAGUCGACGUCAACGAUGGAGUUGAAGAACACGUAAUCAUUUGUUUUGUGGAUACAUUGAUAUUAGGCUACAUUUCUGCGGCAUUUAGACCAUGAUGAACAUACUAGAUUUGUGUAAGCAGUCCAGGGGGAAGAUAUGGCACAGGAAGCCUACUCCUUCAAGUGAUGAUGGGUUAAUGGUGACCGUCACACACAGUGUUCCUAGUUCGUCGGGAAGCAAUGGACGAAAUGUUCGAUUUUUGCAUGCAGCAUUCAACAAGUCAGGUGAUGGCUUCAUUGCAAGUGACCACCAUGGAAAUAUCUUCUUGUUUGACCUUUGCAAGAAUAGAUUUGUGCUGAUACAGAAGACUGGCCAUCCUUGCACUGCCCUUGCCUUCAGCCUUCACAGACCUUCUGAAUUCCUGGUUGCCUUGUCAGAUUACUCUCUCAAAUGUUUUGAUGCUGACACCAGGGAAAUGAUUGCUUGGAUGAAAGGCCAUGAAUCUGCCAUACACAGCAUUUCCCUUCAUGCUUCUGGUCGAUAUGCAUUAACCACAUCGGUAGAUACCGCCCACUUGUGGGAUAUGGAUACUUUCCAGCGGAAACGCAAGCUUAACAACAAAGAGGAUGUUGGACUGUUGCAGGUGUUUUUUCUACCCAUGAGCAAUCUGAUAAUGACGUGCUUCCGUGAUGACUCCAUCUUUGCUUGGGAAUGUGAGACGCUGACCUGCAAAUACCAGUUGCCAGUUCCCUCAGGGAGUAGUCCGCAGUACCGAAGCUUUGCUGCAACAAGGGAUGGACGAAUGCUUGCAGCAGGUGGGCGAUCAAGAUUUAUCCACCUGUGGUCUCUUGACACACGUCGGCUGCUACGUGUUAUUGAGAUGCCCACCAAAGUCACCGCAGUGAAGCAGCUAGAGUUCCUUCCUGACAGUUUCCAGGAUGGUUUUGACCAGAUUCUUGGAGUUCUCUCACAGGAUGGAAUCAUGCGCUUUAUCAAUAUUGACAGUUGUCGUCUGCUGUUUGAUGUGGGCACCAUAGACUGUCGCCUCAACAAUGUAGCUGUCAGUCCUAAUGGCCGAUAUCUUGUGGGAGUGAUGGAUGAUGGGAAUCUGCAUAUCUUGAGCCUGCAAGCUUUGUGGGCAGACAUCAACAAGCCUCCAGCUCCUCUGGUAAAAGUUGUACGGAGCAACAAGAUGUCUGACACGAUGUCCACUGACAGUACAGUGAGAAGUGUAGGUGAGGCGACAGCAGAUGACUCCAACAAGCUGGAGACCAAGCCACUUCACAGUCAAAGCACAGAGAUGGGGACAUACAAAAAGGCUGGAGGGGUGUGCAGCCUUAACACAGACAAACUGCUGGCUAUCCUGAAGGGGUAUGGGGAGUAUCCAUCCAAAUACAGGAUGUUUAUCUGGCGCAAGCUUCUGUGCUUGCCAGAGAACCAUGCAGCAUAUGGAGCAUUGGUUGACAAAGGAGUGCACCCUGCUUACAGCAACCUGCACAAGGCAUACCCUAUCAAGAGCAGCAAACUUCUCCGCAUCCUCCAGAGAAUUUUGUCGGCGCUGGCUCACUGGGCACCUAUUUUUGGAGAGACGCAGUUCCUGCCCUCACUGGCAUUUCCGUUCGUCAAGCUCUUUCAGAACAACCACCUGGUGUGUUUUGAGAUGGUAGCUACUAUCUUAGUGAACUGGUGUCAGCACUGGUUUGAGUACUUCCCCAACCCUCCGAUUAAUCUGCUGGCGAUGGUGGAGAAUAUUCUGGCGUACCAUGAUCGCCAUCUGCUGCAGCAUUUUGUCACCUACAGUGUCACUGCACAAGUAUAUGCUUGGCCUCUGCUGGAGACAGUCUUCUCAGAGGUACUCACACGAGAAGAAUGGCUUGUGCUUUGGGAUAAUAUUGUCAGCAACCCCCCAGCCUUCCUCAUCAUGUUGACGGCAGCUUAUUCCAUCUGUGCUCGUGGACCACUUAUGCAGUGUACAGAGCUGGAUGAUUUUCACUACUUCUUCCAUCAUCGCAAUGCUGUGGAUGUGAAAAUGGUGGUGAAAGAAGCAUACCGUCUGAUGGAGGCUACUCCCCGUGAUCUUCACCCUGUGACCAAACUUGAGCCAUUCACACCCCUUACACAUGGCCAGUACCCAAUUUUCAAUAAGUACCCAAAGUUCAUCGUUGAUUAUCAGAUCCAGGAGAGAGAGAGGAUUCGUCAAGAAGAAAUGGAAUACUUGAGGAAAAAACAGCUGUCACUUGAUGCGCAGCGCAUGACCCUUCGUCGCCAGCAGGAGGAAGAGCAGUGGUAUCAGCAGCAGGCCCUACUGUUGGAGGCUGAAGAAAAGCGGCGGCAAAUGAUCCUUCAGGAGGAGCAGAAACUGGCUGAUCAGCGCCAGCGGUUACUGGCCAUGCACAGAGAAGUCAAGCUGAAGGAACUGCAGCUGCUGGAUGCGGCGCGUAGGAAGUUCCUUCACUUCCAGAAACAGCAGCGAGCAGCAGAGCUUCGGCGCCUGGAUGACGAGCUCCAGAGAAAGGCACUACUGCGAGACCAGGAAACUCAAAAUGCCAUUGAAGAAGCUGAGAUCCGGAAUCUUGAACUGCAGCUCCAGAAAAAAAUGUUUGAACAGGAGCUGCAGCGAGAGUUUGCCAUAUCUUCGGUUGGACUUCGUACAGAGGAAGAAAUGGAACGCAAGCAGGAAGAACUGGAGCAACGUAUCCAGCGGCGCCUGCAGGAAGCUGAGCGAGAGCGCGAGUUGGAAGUUCGCAAGAUGAUGCAGCAGGGUCUGGCUGAGGCCACGCAGCGCCAAGUGGACAUGAUGGCAGGACAAGAGAUGGAGCACAGAUUUCGAAUGGAUCAACUUCAGAGGGAGGCCCGCCAGGUGCAGCUAGCCAGGCGGAACACCGAGAACCGUGCUCUGGAGCAGGAGGUCCACAGCCUGAUGAAGAAGUGCCAGGGACAGAAGGAGCAUCAGACUCAGGUGGGUAUGGAGAACCUGGACAAAGAGAGAGCAAGCCGAGGAGUGGAUACAGCACGCCGGCUAGCCACCAUGGAGUCUGAGCUGCUAGAUGGUCGCAGCCACACAAUGGGCUUGACGUCAAAAGUGUUAGAAGGUCAAAGAAAAAGCUCCUCCAAAACUCUGGCGGACACGUCGGAAGCAGAUGUUGAUCCAGCAGCUGAUCAGUCAUCGAGAGUUAAAUUUGAUCGAGAUCGCCAAGUGUUGGACACUCAGGAGAUGGAGUUGCUGAAGGAAGUGAGGCGUCUUCGUCAGAAACUAGCCACAGACAACCGCAGCAAGCGACCGCCCCCUGUAUCAGCAGCAGGGGAUUGCUAGGAGCAAGACUUGUGAACAGGGUGGAGACAGCAAGUUGUCAGAGAUGAUUAUUGUGUGCAUAGCCAGUCAUCAAAUCAUUGUGCGCCCCACAAAGUAGGUUUAAAGUAGCAAGUAGUUGGAACAUUCAGGGUCUAAGAAUAUGGAACCAGAGUCACACGGCCCUAGUGAAGUUAUUUUUGUCUCCUGCACAGAAUGGAAUGCAAGGCCUGUCAUACUUGGACCUUGUGCACAAACUAUGAAACACUAGCUGGGUUCCUAGUGUAAGGCUGCCAGCCAAACUAUAUUUUACAAAUACACAUGGUUGAGCCGACUGCUUCAUGUUGUGCAUCCUGCUGAUGACUAAUGUGUUGUCACCAGGCAUCGUAGUCGGCAUGACCUAUGUAGGUAGUGCAAAGAAAUUAUGAUCUGCCUUCUGUACGUUAGCAUAUAAUAUUUUACAAAUAAAAUGGAAAUAUUU